GGCGCCCCGCCACCGGAUUGGACGCGGACGCUGCGGCCGCCGCGGGCGCCGAGGAGUCGGGCUCCAGCAGCGAGGGCGAGGACGAGGAGGCCUCGCGGUGGAGCGGCGGCGGCGGCGGCAGCAGCGGGACCUGGAAGGCGCUGGCGGCGGCAGCG